AUGCCUCUUGGGGUUUGCUCAUCGUACCAGCUGCUCUUAGUGUUGGCUUACAGUGAGAGCAUCCAUGGAAAAUGGCAUUUCACAGAGAUUCGGGCCAUCUUCUCCCGUCGCUAUCUACUCCAAAAUGUCGCAUUGGAAAUUUUCCUUGCCUCCCGGACGGCAGUGAUGUUUGCAUUUGGGGAUCUAGGGACGGUUCGUCGAGUGGUACGGGCUCUCCCUCGCGUCGGGGUCGGCAUCAAGUACGGACUCCCACAAACCCGGAGAGCAUCGUUGAUGGUCGGGAGGCAAUUGUUCCGGGCUUCAAAUAUGACUCAUAAGUGGCAACGGAGGGAGAUCUCCAACUUCGAGUACCUUAUGUUCCUUAACACCAUCGCCGGGAGGACAUACAACGACUUGAAUCAGUACCCGAUCUUCCCAUGGAUUCUGACCAAUUACGAGUCGAUGGAGCUCGAUCUCAGCCUCCCGUCCAACUAUAGGGAUCUCUCCAAGCCGAUCGGAGCAUUGAACCAGGGUCGGAAGGAGUUCUUUGAGGAUCGCUUCAACACUUGGGAUCACGAGGGGAUUCCCCCGUUUCAUUAUGGCACUCAUUAUUCCACUGCCGCCUUUGUCCUCAACUGGCUCGUCAGGCUCGAGCCGUUCACGACCAUGUUUCUGUCGCUACAAGGAGGGAAGUUUGAUCACGCGAAUCGAAUGUUUUCGUCAAUGGAAUGCGCGUGGAGGAACUGCCAACGAGACACCUCCGACGUGAAGGAGCUCACGCCGGAAUUGUUCUACCUGCCGGAGAUGCUGGUGAACAUGAACGGGUAUAAUCUGGGUCGAGACGAGACGGGAAAGGCUUUGGGGGAUGUUCAUCUCCCUCCUUGGGCACAGACUCCCGAAGAAUUCAUCCGAAUCAAUCGCAUGGCCUUGGAAUCCGAGAUUGUCUCUUGCCAGCUUCACCAGUGGAUUGAUCUCAUAUUCGGAUACAAGCAGCGAGGUCCGGAGGCGGUGAGGGCGACUAAUGUCUUCUACUACCUCACAUAUGAAGGACUCGUGGAUUUCGACUCCAUCACUGAUCCCCUCAUGCGAGAAGCAGUAGAGAAUCAGAUACGAAGUUUCGGGCAGACGCCGAGUCAACUGUUGAUGGAGCCCCAUCCCCCGAGGGCAUCUGCCAUGACCCUUAGUCCGCUGAUGUGGACGUCGCCUCCCGAUGAUGUUUGCAUGGUGGUGAAGUUCCCAAGUAACUCGGCAGUUAUCCACGUGUCAGGGAACACCUACCCUGCCCUCCCACAUCCCGCUAUCCUCACGGUCACUAGUGCCGGUCACUUCGCCGUAAACCGCUGGCACAAUCUUCCCUAUCCUCCUGGGAGUGCAAGAGGGAGUGAAGGGGGAGGUGGAGGUGGAGGAGGUGGAGAAGUUGGGAGUUCUGCAUCGUCAUCUUUAUCUUCUCCCACAAGUCUGCCCCUAUCACUUGACCCUGUACUUUCCUUAAUAGCUGGAAACACGGUGCCAAGUGUGAGGAGGUCCCUUGGUAACAACUUCAGCCAGAAGGUUCGACUUCGCCACUCUCUUUUCAUUUCAACAGUGGAUUCUCGAUUCAUCAUUGCCGGGGGAUUCUGGGACAACAGUUUCCGUGUCUUCAACACGGACAAUGCAAGGAUCGUCCAGAUCAUAUUUGGUCAUUAUGGGGUGGUGAGGUGCCUUGCCCGAUCAGAAUGUAAUGUCGUCUCAGACUGCUUGGUUGCAUCUGGAUCCCAGGAUGCGACUGUCCGUCUCUGGCAUUGGAAUGCUCGAGCACAGCUGAUAACAGGUGAUGGGAAUGGGUUGGAUGCUCCAUCUCCAAAAGCCAUCCUUACAGGACAUGACAGCCCCGUCGUGGCGCUUGUCCUUUCAGCCGAACUUGGUCUUGUUGUCUCGGGUUCACAAGGCGGGGCAGUUCUUGUCCACACAACGCAUGGGGACCUCUUGCGGUCCUUGAGGCCUCCAGGAGACUUCCUUUCCCCAGAUCUCAUGACCCUGUCACGUGAGGGACUGGUCGUUGUCAAAUAUGAUGCUGGAAAUCUGGCCACAUUCACCAUCAAUGGGAAGCUCCUUCGUCAUCAAUCUCACCACGAUCAUCUCCAUAGUGUACUUGUGAGUCGGGAUGGAGAAUACCUGAUGACUGGAGGUGAGAGAGGAGUGGUGGAGGUGUGGAGAACCUUCACCCUUGCUCCUCUCUAUGCAUUCCCACAAUGCGAUAGCCACAUCCGAACACUUGCCCUCUCCCAUGAUCAGAGAUACCUGGUGGCUGGAUUGUCAUCUGGGUCCCUUGUGGUAUUCAACAUUGACUUCAACAGGUGGCAUUAUGAAUACCAGCAGCACAUCUAGCUAGUCACUAUCUGCAGCCUUUCCUUUUUUUUCUCUGCCUCUUCAUCCCCCACUUCUUCACCUUCACUUUCUCAGUGAUCAACUAGCAGGGAUGAAGGGAUUUCUUCUGUGGACACUGUAUUGCUCAGCUACUUAUAUUAUGGGAGAAGGGUUUCUCUUGUUUUCUCACUUGUUCCAUGAAUCCCAUGAUUUGCACCCUCAUCUCAGCUCUUUUCAUCUGUAGAGAGGAUAUUUUUCACAAUGGCCUUUCCCAUCUUCUCAAGUUAUUAGUCAUGGUUGUGAUGGACUGCAUGGGUCUCAAGUUGGCAGCUUCAAUGUGAGAAGCCUAGGAGAGAACCUCUUCAGUGGUGACAAUAGUCAUGUGCCAAAGCACAGGAAAUUCAAUAUUUGUUUGCCACAUCCAGGUAGCUUGCAGGCAGCACUGUCUUCUUGUGUCAUUCUUGUGUUUGUUCACAUAGUUGUGUGAUUGUACUUGGACAGUGUGCAUGCUCUUUUAGGUAUUCGUGUUGUGACACCAGAAAUCAGAGAAAAAUCCAUCCAAAAAAAUCACAUGGUGACCAUUUAAGUCUUGAUCUAAAUUUAUGGCAUUCCCACCAUGUGAUCCCAUCCAUCCAUCAAAUACCGCCCAAGGAAAGGUCCCAUGUUAACAUUCCAUUCUAAUUUCAGUUCCUCUCACUCCCUUCUCUCUGCCUCCUCUUUUGACAUCCGCCAUCAUGUCCUGUAUGAUGUCAAUGAAUUCUGAACUACCAGAAUCCCCCUCAUUAUGAGGGUCUGAGAAAUUUCCUCCCUUCCAUUUUUCAUUUGUUACUCUGUUCCACUUCUCAUUUGUUGUUGUGCUUAUUUUAUGCCUUGAUGAAGGGAUUAUGGUUAUGGC